AGGAAAAAUCAAUCGUCAAACAAAAUUAAACUUUAUUUUGUAAACACGCGCAGGUGGCUUGUUAUUGGUGAGCUGCCCACGCAUCGUAGAACGAAAAAAAAGGUCCGCGGAUUUUCACGGUCACGGUUCCGAGUUACGUAACCACAUCACAGCAAAAUGUUUUCCCUGGUGGCAUACGAAGACAGCGACAGCGACGAGGACGCUCCGAGUAAAUCGGCGGAACGGAAAGCGGAUGAGCACUCUUCGGCGAGCACCUCGGACGACGAUUCCGACAACGAAGGUGAGCAAAAGGAAGCGCACCAGCGGACAAAGGGCCCGGAAGUGAGAGAACCAGCCCUCCCGAGCGCGAGCAUGAUGCUCGCGGACAACAAGAAAAUCAUUCCCGGCGGCGUCUUUAGCAAUCCGUUCCGAGAGGCGGAGGACGCCAAAAUUGCCAGCCUUGAGAAGCACGUGAAAAUGGUUGAUCCGGAGCACAAAACCGGCGACCAGAAGAGGAAAGUUUGCUGGAGCUACCGAAAGGGACGGUGCCGGUUUGGGAGCAAGUGUAGCUUCGCGCACGAUUCCGACUUGAUUCUUAAGAAAGAGUUGCAUGGAGAAAUUCCGGAAGAAGCUGGCGAAGAUGCCUCAGCCGGUUCGUCAGUCGAAACAACAAACUUUAUUCGCAAACAGGGAACGAAUGUGAACAAAAAGAAACGGCCGGGGUUGAGCAGGGAACUGGUGCCACCAAAAAAGGUUCUCAAAAUGUACCACCGGGAAAAGUACAACGGAAAGCCGUGAAAUGAUUGGAUUUUCUGCAACGAAAAAACAUGACACAAAUUUUUCCACUUGAUAAAUUAUGCGAGUAUUUUACAAGAUUUAGCCAUGGGUAAGAUUAACAAGUUUGUAAAUUAAACUUUAUUUAACAGUCC